GCCGCGCGGCCGGGCUCCCCUCCGAGCCGGCUCUCCCYGCCGGCAGAUGCCGGACUACAAGCGCGCCACACUGCAGGACGACGAGGGCCCCGAGGCCGCGGGGGAUGGUGGCACCUCUCCCGACAGCGUGGAGGUGGGCUUUCGGAAGGGCACGGCGCCGCUGCUGAGCCGCCUGGCCGCCCGCACGCAGCUGGAGCUGGCGCUCUGCGCCGUCGCCGUCUCCCUGGCCCUGCUGCUCGGCGUCGCCGUCGUCGCCCUGGCCAUCCAGUACCGCAGAGAUCCCUCUCACAGCACGUGCCUGACGGACGCCUGCGUGCGCGUGGCCAGCAAGAUCCUGGAGGCGCUCGACCCCGAGGCGGACCCGUGCCAGGACUUCUACCAGUACUCCUGCGGCGGCUGGAUCAGGAGGAACCCGCUGCCCAACGGCCGCUCCAAGUGGAGCACCUUCAACAGCAUCUGGGACCAGAACCAGGCCAUCAUGAAGCACCUCCUAGAGAACGCCACCUUCAACUCCAGCAGCGAGGCGGAGAGGAAGACGCAGCGCUACUACCUGUCGUGCCUCAAGGAGCAGCGCAUAGAGGAGCUGGGCUCCCAGCCGCUCGUGGAGCUCAUCGACAAGAUCGGCGGCUGGAACAUCACGGGGCCCUGGAACCAGAGCAACUUCAUGGAGGUCCUCAAGUUGGUGUCGGGCACGUACCGGGCGACCCCCUUCUUCACGGUGUAUGUGGGUGCCGACUCCAAGAGCUCCAACAGCAACAUCAUCCAGGUGGACCAGUCGGGGCUUUUCCUGCCCUCCCGGGAUUACUACCUGAACAAGACUGCCAACGAGAAGGUCCUGGCGGCGUACCUGGACUACAUGGUGGAGCUGGGAAUGCUGCUGGGGGGUGCCAAGGAGCCCACGCGGCUCCAGAUGCAGCAGGUGCUGGACUUGGAAACGCAGCUGGCCAACAUCACCGUGCCGCAGGCCGAGCGGCGCGACGACGAGAAGAUCUACCACAAAAUGAGCAUCGCCGAGCUGCAGGCCCUGGCCCCGGCCAUCGACUGGCUGGAUUACCUGGCGUACGCGCUGGCGCCGCUGGAGCUGGCCGACACGGAGCCCGUGGUGGUGUACGGGGACGCCUACCUGCAGCAGCUCUCCGAGCUCAUCAACGGCACCGAGCGCAGCAUCCUCAACAACUACCUGAUCUGGAACCUGGUGCAGAAAACAGCCUCCAGCCUGGACCAGCGCUUCGAGACGGCCCAGGAGAGGCUGCUGGAGACGCUCUAYGGCACCAGGAAGUCCUGCACGCCCCGCUGGCAAACCUGCAUCUCCAACACGGAUGACACGCUGGGGUUCGCCCUGGGCUCCCUCUUCGUCAAGGCCACCUUCGACCGGGACAGCAAGGCCAUCGCUGAGGAGAUGAUCAGCGAGAUCCGGACGGCGUUCGAGGUCUCCCUGGACCAGCUCGACUGGAUGGACGAAAAGACCAAACAGGCUGCGAAGGAGAAGGCGGAUGCCAUCUAUGACAUGAUCGGCUUCCCAGACUUCAUCCUGGACAACAAGGAGCUGGACGAUGUCUAUGACGGGUACGAGGUCUCGGAGGACUCCUUCUUCCAGAACAUGCUCAACUUCUACAACUUCUCCGCCAAAGUCAUGGCCGACCAGCUGCGCAAACCCCCCAACCGGGACCAGUGGAGCAUGACCCCGCAGACCGUCAACGCCUACUACCUGCCCACCAAGAACGGCAUCGUCUUCCCCGCCGGCAUCCUGCAGGCGCCCUUCUACGCCCGCAACCACCCCAAAGCCCUCAACUUCGGCGGCAUCGGCGUGGUGAUGGGCCACGAGCUGACCCACGCGUUCGAUGACCAAGGCCGCGAGUACGACAAGGAGGGCAACCUGCGGCCCUGGUGGCAGAACUCCUCGCUGGAGGCCUUCAAGAACCGCACGGAGUGCAUGACGGAGCAGUACGGCCGCUACACCGUGCACCGCGAGAAGGUGAACGGGCGGCAGACGCUGGGCGAGAACAUCGCCGACAACGGCGGCCUCAAGGCUGCCUACAACGCCUACAAGUCGUGGCUGCAGAGGAACGGCGAGGAGAAGCGCCUGCCCGCCCUGGGGCUCACCAACCACCAGCUCUUCUUCGUKGGCUUCGCGCAGGUGUGGUGCUCCGUCCGGACGCCCGAGAGCUCCCACGAGGGGCUGGUCACCGACCCGCACAGCCCGGACAAGUACCGCGUCAUCGGCACCCUCAGCAACUCCCGGGACUUUGUGGAACAUUUCGGCUGCCCCCUGGGCUCGCCCAUGAACCCCGGCAAGCACUGUGAGGUGUGGUAGGGACCGCGGCCGCCCGCGGGGCCGCYGGGGACAGCGC